AUGGACGUCUCCUACAACUCAACUGAGCACGACUUGGCUAGUGAUUACAUUCUCGAACGGAAGCCUAGCGCCGUCCAAUCUAGUCGUGAGCAGUGUUCGCAUCUCAAGAUAUCCAUGUUGGGGCCUAGCCCCAAGGCCACGAUGUCUUUGUUUUGCACGCUUCUACGAGGAAAAGUGCCUCCCAUCUCUGCCUUACCAGACCCGAUCGGUGUAGACUGGGGACUUCGCCGCCUUCAAAACAAUGGUUCAGAGACGCGUAUGACACUGUGGGCACUCAGCGCUGCUGAGGCCUUUUCGGAACUUCGAGCCGAUCUGUGCUCACAAAGUCACGCCAUACUCCUUAUCCUCGAUGCAGACAGUGCUCGCUUAUCUGAGCAAAUGCAGCAGCUGCAGAGGCUGAUGCAGUCAGCUCAGGUCCACGCUCAGCCCAGCCACAAUCCCGCCUUGUUCCUCGUUGCAGCGGGCGGACAAGGGUCCCUCUGGGAGAAAGCUGCGGCAGAGUGCCGGCGGUUUGCAGCAGUUCAUCACUGCCGCUUUCUUGAAGUGCAGCCACUGAGCACUUCUGGGACGGAGUCUUUAUUGCACUUGUUGGCAUCUAGUAAUUCGCGUCCUGUGGAUGUUGAAGAGUGA